AUGAAUGUUUCGACGGAGUUGAAGCAGACCAAGGAUUCCAAGGAGUCAAAUGAAUCUAACGAGGAGAACAAUUCCAACGAGACGAAGGAGUCGACCGAGAAGAAGUCGACCGAGACGACCGACUUGAAGGAGCUGAAGGAGAGGAUAUCACGGCUAUCGGAGAAGCUGAUGGCACGGGGAUGCAGCCCUAGCACGGGCGCAUUGAAAGAGGAUUUCAACAUUCCGAUUGAAACACAGAGGCGGCGGUGGUCCGGGGGGAUGGUGGGACGCGAAGGGAACAACCGUGACAUGGACUGGUUCAAGACGAGGCUCGGUGCCUUCAGGGAGAGGCUCGACGAGCGGUUUGAUAAGCAGGGGUGGCGAAAGUCCGAGAAGUCGAAGGAAUCGAAAGAUUCGAAGGAGACAGAGGAGAAGAGCGAGCCGGAGGAGAAGAUCCAGCCGAAGGAGGUGAAGCCCGUGCGAGAGUCGAUAAGACGGGUAUCCGAGAAGCUUCUGGUACGUGAACGCAACCCUGGCACGGAUGUAUUUCAGCUAAAAUUCGAUAAGAAUAUUGCAACUCGGAGGCAGUGCCGCUCGGAGGAGCUGGUGACAGUUGGACACAGACAUAGCAUGGAUUCAUAUAAGACGGGACUCAAUGCUUUCAGGGCCAGACUCAACGAGAAGGUUCAGAAUCAGAAGAAGCGUUCCGAGGAGAUAGUGGGAGCUCAACGCCGGCGGAGCUUGAAUUUGUAUAAGACGAGACUCAAUGUUUUUCGAGAGGGGCUCAAUGCGAAGGUUGAGGAGCAGAGGCGGAGGCGAUUCGAGAGGAGGAAGGAUGCUGCAAGGAAGAGCGCCCAGGAAAAAUUGGAAUGGGUGAUAACGAAGGACAAGGAAGGAAGAUUGGGCCUAGAGAGGAAGAAGGUGGUGUCUCCCAGCACGAGACAGGUGGAUGCAGCGGAGACCGAAACCGGCGACGACUGCAGAAGAGGAAAGAGAGUUAUACCUUUCCCGCCGCUAGCUUUCAAUGGAGUCGUCGCAUUGAAAGCAAUGCCCGCUAUCCUCCCACCGAGAUUGGGCUUGGCGUCCGCCGAUUUCAGUCCGUCGAGGAAACGGCGACGGAGCAGCUCCGACUCCAUGGGCUCUCUAGUAGAGCCGGAUAAUCGACGAGUACGAUUUACGUACGAUGACGAUUCGAAGUUCCAGCGAAAGGAGAAGCUGGUGGCACAGCAGGGCGGCCCUGGCAUGGAUGUCUUCAAGGAGAGGCUGAAUGCAACGAGACAGAGGUCCGAGAUGCCGCCGUCACCCGCACCCGCACCCGCUCGGCGCCCGAAGCCCACACCCUUGUACACGCGGAUGCGUGCGGAUGCGAGAUCCCCGCUGCUUACCCUCACAAGCGAGGAUAAUCGCAGGAUCAGGAAGCUGCAGGAGCUGAAGGCGGAUUUUGACCUGGAGAGGGCCAGAGCCAGGUGGAUUGUCCAUCAGGCGGACGUGAUAAUGGAGGGUUUCUCCCCGAGGUUGAGGGAGGAGAUCGAGAGCAUGGGGGUCGGGCCGGGUCCGACGCAGAACCUAGUUUCCAACGACGAGGACAGCGAGGACAGCGAGGACGAGGAUGCAUAG